AAAUUAGUGGGCACGCGACCGGCGUGCACCGCGCGCUGCAAAUAUAUAAGGACGGCGUCCAUUUUAGCUCCACGCAUUCGGAGGUGGAAUUUCUCAUUCGAAGGUCGUCGUUUCAGUGAUGCCAAUGGAUCACAACGGAGAUGAACAACAGCGCAAGCUGUUUAUCGGUGGCCUCAGCUUCGAGACCACGGAGGACAGCAUGCGGAAGCAUUUCGAACAAUGGGGCACCCUCACAGACUGCGUGGUGAUGAGGGAUCCGCACACAAAGCGGUCACGUGGCUUUGGGUUCGUCACCUACACGUGUCCCGAGGAGGUGGACGCCGCCAUGGACGCAAGACCCCACCACCUGGACAACCGCGUGGUGGAAGCCAAACGCGCCAUCUCUCGCGAGGACUCCCUAAAGCCGGGAGCACACCUCAAGGUUAAGAAGAUCUUUGUUGGAGGGAUUCGCGACGACACGGACGAGCAGCACCUGCGCGAGUACUUCCAGGUGUACGGUGAUGUGGAGGCAGCGGAGGUGAUGGAGGAUCGUUCGACCGGCAAGAAGAGGGGAUUUGGCUUCGUUACGUUUUCUGAUCACGACACUGUGGACAAGGUCAUCGUGCAAAAGUACCACACCAUCAAUGGUCACAAGGCAGAAGUGCGGAAGGCACUUUCAAAGCAAGAGAUGAACUCCAGUGGAGGCCCCAGAGGUGGAAGCCGUGGAGGGAGAGGAAGCUAUGGAAGCCGGGGUGGUGGUGGUGGCGGUUAUGGAGGUGGCUAUGGCGGUGGUGGAUACGGGGGCGAUGGCUACAAUGGAUAUGGUGGUGGUGGAGGUGGGUAUGGUGGUGGUGGAGGAGGAGGGUACAGUGACCGUGGAGGCUCCUAUGGAGGCUAUGGCAAUCAGGGAGGUGGAUACGGAGGUGGUGGCGGAGGAGGGUACGACAACUAUGGAGGUGGCUCUAGCUACGGUGGUGGUGGUGCAGGUAAUUACGGCGGUAGCAGUGGGGGGGGUUAUGGUGGUGGAGGUGGUGGGGACUUUGGCAAUUACAAUCAGCAGCAAUCAAGCUAUGGUCCCAUGAAGUCGGGUGGUGGCAGCUAUGGAGGAAGGAACUCGAGUGGACCUUAUGGUGGUGGAUACGGUUCAGGUGGUGGCAGCAGUGGUGGAAGCGGUGGCGGCGGUUAUGGUGGUGGUGGUGGCAGCGGUGGUGGAGGAGGACGGGGCCGAUACUAAGUGAUCAUGGCCAUGAAGGAAAUCCAAAGGUGUGGAGGGUGGUGACUGGGUUUUGACAUGCAGGUAAGUAUUGACUGACCUGGGAGUGGCGGUGAAAGGUAUGGUAUGUAGUAUUAAAAAGAGUCGAGCUUGUUUUUUUUGUGGCGCCUGGCCUGCAGUUUCUCAAUUCCUUUUGAGGUCGAACCGGUUUAGCGAGGCUGUAAGGUGUGGUAGGCUUGGUAUGGUGUAGAAGCUAGGUUCGGUUGUGCAAGAAUUGCACUUUAGAACUUGGUGUACAGUAGGUCAUUGAGGCGGGCAGUGACGUGUGGAGAGGAAGGUAUCACCUUUAGCUGUAUUAGCUCUGCCUAACAAGCUAUCUGGUUUUCCAUUUUGUGCAAUUGAGACUGGGCAUGCAGAUUGCAAGUCUUGUAUUAAACUAAGGACCGGCACUUUGAAGAUAAGGGUUUAAACUUCCAUUGAUGGAUAUGGAGUGCAGUAGCUAGUUUUACAUGGAUGUUGAAGUGGUUUCUGCAGAGUUCUAAAAAUGCAGGAUCAAUGAAGUCUUAAGGUUUUGUGGUUUAGGUAAAUAUAAGGAUGUCUGAAUUGGUCAAUGGGCCAUAGUGCAACGUUCUGGGUAAACUUUUUUAGAACGAGCUAAAUUUCCAGUUCUAUACCAGGUUUUUGCCACUUGGUAAAGUUUAUAUUGGGCUAACAUUGCUUAAGUGUAGACAUGCAGCCAAUCACUGCUCCAUUAGUGAUUUAAAAGUUGUGGCCUAAGGUUUUAAAAAUGCCAGCUGUGCUGGAGUUAUGAAAUCGCAAGCCAGUUUUGGUGCAAACGGUUUCAACCCUUGGCAGCUAAGAUAGCUCAUAACUUGAAACUUUCAUAACUGACCAAUGGUAUGGCAAGUGGGAAAACUGGGUUGUGACUUUUUGCAGUGUCAUGUUGCUGUUUUAGGAAAGACGUUUGAAAACGUUCUCCCAUCAGGAUUUUUAAUUUCAAGAUUGUACAUUUUGGUGGCCAUUUUGCCCUAGUGAGUUACAUUUUCUGAGUUGGCAUGUAAUCUUAGUCGAGCUAUUUCAUUUGAGUUGAACCUUUAGUACAAUAUAGGACGAACAUUAUUUUAGGAUCAAUUUGGCUACCAAAUGGCAUUUUACUGAUGUAUAAAGCUAUUUUGCACGUUCUGGCCUUUAUGUUUACAGAUACCAUGUAUUCACAAAUGGAAUGGUUGAUAUCGUGAGUGCUGACUGCGAUUUUGAGAUUUCAGGUGGUCAUCUAUUGGCUGCCAUAGUUGUCAUUCAGACUAUUGUCAAUGUACUUUUCCCCCAAUACAGGUCGAAUGUAAAAUAAUGGUUGUGAUAAAUGAAUGAACUUGAGGCCCAUGCCAAAAUCAAAGAUGGUCACAAUUGAAAAUGGCUUCCAGAAAUUAACCUUUUUAAUAAAAGCUAAUUGGCAAUAGAUCCUUAUCGAGGAUGCUUAUAAACAGUUUGGAAUGUUAGGGGACUUUAAUUGUUGGACAGCUCAUUGCUGUUGGAUUCUAAGUUGUCUAGGGCAGGGACAAGUUUUCAGUUUGGGGUAUUGUGUAGUUUACUAACGUUUAAGGCAGCUUUCUAUGAUGAAACGGCUUAACUUUUCCAAGCGUUCAGAAUCUACGUUUUUGGGAUUUCAAGUCUUGUAUUUAUUUUGAAAUAAACUUGAACCUUCAAAA